AUGGUUACACGCGCCGACGCGUGCUGCUGUGCCAAAACAACGCGACUUCAUCUACCAACUUACCACUACACUUACUGCUAUUGCUACGACUCUAUCAACCAUCGUCCAUCCCAUCAUAUCCGAGUCGAACGUCCCCACUGGUCUACGCCAUACCACCCCCGCCACAGCAGUUCCUACGGAGUGAACACCACGAUGCCGCGCCCUCCGACAAAGCGCAAUCGGAUGGCUUCAAAAGCCAAACCAACCUCCAAAGAACCCACCAGAGAAAAUGCGCCCAAGUCGCCACAACCCCAGGAACGACCCCCUGCCAGCGCUCCGCGUGUGGUGAUCCCGCAGCGGCAACCGAAAGAUCAGACACCCAUGUCAAAAUCGCAUGAACAGGCGAUCGAUUCCUCUCCCAUGGGAGAACGCGGUGGCACAGGAAGUCGUCCCGCGACGCGAUCGCGCGGUUACUCGUCCACACUCUCCCUCGCUGGCCGCAAAGGAGAGAACUCGAAGAUUCCCGGCACGCCCGCUUUUGAAAAUUCAGUACUGAGUAAUUUUCGACGACGUCCCCGACAGCCGAGUAUCCUUCAGGUUAUGCAGGCUGAGGAUCGGUCUUCAGACCUCGAUGAUGAUGACUUUCUCGGUGGCUUGAGUCCAGAGGAUGAGUCGACCCCACUGAAUGUGUCCAGGGGAAAAUCACUGUUGGUUCAGAACGAAUCGCCGGCAACACCUUCCCAAGCUCCAGAGCCAUCAAGUGAUAGUUCUCGCAAGCGUAAGCGAUCGUCUGCAAAUAUUGAGAUCCAAGUUCCCCAAUCACCUCUGGCCCUGGUGGGAAAUACUCCUGUCGGUACCCCUACGCCGGCAGUUGAAGAUGAAGUACAGGAAAUGGGUAGCACUGUGGACAUGCCGCCACCGCCGCUGCCGCCACCAAGGUCUCCAGACGUGCUUAGCCAAACAAUGGCACCCCCCAUGAGCAGUCCAUGGGGUACUCCACUUUCGACCAGCUUACAUGACCUUUCGAACCCUCUGCGCAAAGCUGCGACUGAUGAAUGCGGGAAUGCGGGAGCGCAAGCUAGUAACAAACCUGCCGUUUCGACGGCCAGCCUACAGGACAGACUUCUUCCUCGGCGACGCCAGCGGCCGCGCAGACGGCGCAAUGUGAACACCUUCGACGUACCGAGCGACUCCAGCGAAUCCGACGAAGCGUCUGCCGAAAGUGAUCAAGAUGAGCUGAGCUACAUAGCUACUUUGAAGUCUUCCCGAUCUCGGCGCAAUCGAACCACCAAGUCUAAACCAUCACAUGCCGGUCAGAAAAAGCAGGCCAAACAGAAGGCUACCAGCAAGAAAACGUACUCCGCACGGAAUGCGGGGAAUGACAAGGAAAAUGAACCGGCGGAUGGGUCUUCACCGUUAUCUGCACUUGAUACAGACGCGCUUGAGUCCGACUCGACUUCUCCCCCAAACAAAUAUCUCAGCGAGGAGCUGAGGUUACAAGCCCAGAAGUUCGCGGAGGUUGACCAAUGGCAAAUGGAGUUCGAGGACGUACCAGAGAGCCAGGACAGCACAUACCGAUAG